AUGACCUUUUGGUUGUCGGCUCUUUCUGUACAUCACCUCGUGGUCUUGGCCCUAUGCUUCGGCUCAGAUAUAUCUAAAAAUGUCGAAGAGUCGGCAGAGACCGUAUGGCGAGAAGGAAGAACAUUUGGUGGGGAGGAUACCGGCAUGUGGACUGAGGUUCGAGAACGGCCUUCUGGAGAAUAUUUUGCUGCCAGUCAUCCACACUGGCUAUCGGUGGAAGGAGCAACGAAGACCUCUAUUGCAGACUUGAUAGACGAGCCCACGACUUACGAACCGGAUCGCACAGUAAGACCUUACCAGAAGGUCAGCCUCCCGCCGCGGCGAAGUUGUCCAAAGGGAACGUACGAUGCAAUAGUCGGUGCGUGUGUGUGGUUAGACAGGCAGGAUAAGGUUCUACCGCGCUACGUAUGCCCGCCCGGUUCGGUGCUGAACGGUGAUUUUUGUUACGGGCGGAUUGUGGCUGAUUACGAGCUAGACUGUCCCAAAAACUUCUUGCCUAACGAGGACGAAGUCUGUGUGAAAGUGGUAGUAUAUACCCCCCCUCAGGUUGUCUGUCCAGAAGGGUUUGCCGUCGUCAGGGCAACUCCAGAAAGUAAUGCGAAACUGUGCAAGCGCGUCAAGUACGUCGCCCCCAUCAAGCGGGCCAUAGAAACUACGGAGAAACUAGCACUGCUUGAUUGCAGCGGCACGGAGAAGAAGUGUCCGCUGCCUGCGAAGCCCGUGGCAGACCGCGAGUGGGUGCUGGAGUGCCCAGACGGCGGGAAAUUGGUUAGAUCUAAAACUGACAGGAAACGGAAGGCUUGCAAGAUCGACGUUUUGGUUCCUCCGUUACCAUCAAAGAACUGUGCAAAAGGUUUCAGGCCUUUACAGCUCGUCAAUUUUGGUAUCGGCUGCGUUAAACUCGCGGUGCAGGACGUCGCGCUGGUGUGUCCAGGGCCGAAGCCGAAGCUUGGACCAGGGUUUGGAGACUGGAAUGUACCACGCUACAAAUACGAUCCCGUAGACAAGUGUGUCGCCUAUCGAGCCAAAGCCACUGAGGGGCAGUGCCCUUUCGGAUACGAGUUCCAAGAAGACACGUGCUACAGGAAAUACUUUUUGCCUCACUACUUGGACUGUAAUCAUCUCGAAGGAUAUGCUUUUUUCUGGGAUGCAAAGCAGAACCGUGGCAUCUGCGCGUACGAGUUCGACCUCUUCAAGUGGAGUUCUGGAGUUAGCUACAUUACUCAAAGAGAGCGCUGGGACGGGGGAAGGAUCUAUUUACUGUCGAACCCGUACGCUGUGAAAAGAGCGUACGAAAACUCAGCCGCCGUUGCUGCUGCGUUCCGUCCUCCGCCUCCUUCUGCGCCGACACUGGAACAAAUUCCAGAGAAGAAGUCUCCAUAG